UUAUUCUGGCUAACUAGUUUCAUAUGCUGUAUAGUAUUCGCUUUUUUACUACUCAGUAUGCAAUAUUGGAGAUAUGUUACGGCUCCAACGGUUGUGAGUGUGGAAAUGAACUAUUUCGACUGGAACGUAUCCUACCCAGCUAUCACAUUAUGCCCCCUGUUCAGACCGGAUACAUCAUACAUCAGUUUAGUUGUCAAUGAAACGUUUGAGAAAACCGGUUUAAACUUGGACAGUUAUUUGUGGGCAGUUUCACAGAGCGCAAUGGAUACCUUGGAAUACUUUGAUUUAAAAGUACCAAAGGAACUUCUGCCGCUUAUUAACCCGAGAGAGUACGCGUUAGUAGCAGCGAAAAUGUUUAGAUUAAUGGGAAAUAGUUUGCACGCGAACCGUAGAGCACCCAUCUUGGUAGACGCAGCCAUGACGGAAAUGGGAAUGUGUCAUAUAAUUAACUCGAAUGUGGCAAUAUUUGAUAAGCCAGAGCAUUGGAACGAUUCGCUGCGAUACGAAAGAAGAAACAUUGAUUUGUCCGUAUACGAUAAAGAUUUCUUCGUUGAGUUGAAUAAUUAUGCAAAAGUUUAUAAGGCUUGUAUUAUUUUUUAUUGUUUAUUUGAGCUCACUUGGAACUACAUAUUAUGUUUUUUUCAUUUAGGUCGCGGUACUUUUAUCCAAUCAAUUUCCAUUUUCCAGGUUUUCAUACAUAGUCCAGACGAAGCACCGAUAAGAACGACACCCUCUUUUACUUUUGAUUUCGAGGGCAUUAUGUCCUUCGGUCUAUCUGUAUGGAGUACCAGAAUAUCAGAGGAAUUGAGACAUCAAUCACUACGCAUUAGAAAAUGCAGAUUUACCACCGAGCCUCGCGGGAAUAGAUAUCCGGUGUAUUCGUACAAUCAUUGCAUAUUGGAGUGCCGUAUAAAUAUGAUUAAAAAAUUAUGCGGAUGCGUUCCACAUUUUUAUAAGCCUUUAAGCCACGAACGAGUAUGUUACGUCCAAGAACUUCUAUGCGUGUUGAAAUAUCGACGUGAAAUAGUUACCCUAGCUGCGACGGAGCAGACAAGAAAAGAGUUUCAUUACUCCAAAGAUAUUCCAACUCAUUCCAGAGACUGCGAAUGCAUAAACUCUUGCGAAUUCGACCUAUACUAUAAAGAUCGCGAGGAUUACGAACCCAUACGAGGAGUAAAUAAAUUGAGCAUUAAUAUCACGUCUUUUCCCAAAGUGAGAAUAGUUAGAGACAUAAUUUUCAGCUUUUAUGAUAUUUUACUGCGAAGCGGCGGUGUAAUCAAUUUAUGCAUUGGAAGCUCAAUAUUAUCCAUAGUGGAAUUUAUUGUAGUUAUAAUGAAGACAACUAUUUGUAUAACUAUGGAAGCUUCAAGAAUACUACCUUCCUUCUGUCUUAGGAACUAAACUACAUAGAAAAC